AUGAUUUCAUCUUCAGGCAGAGAAGUCUCUGCUUCUAUAGCGUACGGCAAGCUCUCGUCCAAGGACAUGACUCUUGCUGGACGUCUUUGCUACACUGGACAAGGCGUUAUGAUAAGGUGGCGGAGAGAUUAUAUUCUUCUACUUGUCGUGGCUUUGAUCAUUUUCAUCACCUGGCAAGCUUCAUCGAUCCGAAAAGCGUCCAAACCGAAAACGCUCAUCACUACAACUGGCAAGGAGAUCCCAGUACCUGUCGCUCGUCCACGUCCAGCCCUAAUUGUAGAACCGUCUCCAUUGUCUCGUCAACAUCGUGGAGACACUAGGAAUUCAACAUGGCGACCACCAGUAUACGACGGAAUAGGCAUACCGAAAAUAAUACACCAGACUUGGAAGACUGAGAAUCUGGAUCCGCUAACUGUUGAACGUGUAGCUACUUGGAAGGUGCUGAAUCCGAAUCAUGUGUACAAGCUAUGGACGGAUGCUGAGGUGGAAGAUUUCGUAUACGAGUUUUAUCCACAUGUUAUAGAAACUUGGGCUAGGCUCCCGAGACCUGUUUAUAAAGCCGACUUGUUCAGGUAUCUUGUUUUGCACAAGUAUGGUGGCACGUACGCUGACGUCGACACUGAGUGCCUUAAACCCAUCGACGUAUGGAAUGACGGACAGAAAGCAGCCGCCAUUGUCGGUAUCGAAAUCGACGCCUUUGACGAAAACGGAUCCUGGAGAUCCAUAAUACCUAGAGGACUCCAAUUCACUCAAUGGACAAUCUCAUCAAUUCCAAACCAUCCACUUCUCUCCCGUGUUGUAAAUAGGUCUCUAACACGGAUAGCCGACUCGACAUUCCAAGAAUUAUUGCACGCUGAUUCGCUAGAAGUGCAAGAACUCACAGGUCCAGCUAUUUGGACUGACUCUGUAUAUUUGCAUACGCAUGAUUUGGGCUCUAGAGAUCCUCGGAGGGAUUAUAAACAUUUGGUUAUUCCACAGCUUGUGGGGCGUGAUGAAGCUCAUGAACAUGAUAAUCUGCUUUUGCUUCCUAUAACAGGGUUUAAUCCGACGUGUUAUGGAAUGAAAGCACAAGGGCCGUGUCAUUCGUCCGCGCUCGUGUUGCAUCGCUUCCAGGGAACUUGGAGGCCGCCACCUCCUGGCCCAGUCGGCCGAACUUGGAGCCCUCCUAUAAUAGAUACUAGACCUGUACAUUUAAUACCAGGUGACAUUGUAGUGGCCUGGCUCACAGAAGCUGCACGAUACGAUCCACUAGGAUUUGGCUUCUUUGAAGUGUCACAGCAUCUCACGCUCGGCAAAUACGCCGUUCUACAAAAAAUGUAUGCAUAUCAACUAGAAGAGACAUCACCUGGCACAUGGUAUCGUAAAGACCCUCAAGAUGAGAAAGAAGUAUGCCAGGACCGACUACUCUUGAAUCGCCGUGGAAUGUUUUACGUCAUUGAUGAGUCACUAGAAAUGAAGGAAUUGGCUAGCAAAGGAGAUGUAGCACAACCAUCACUACACGAAACUGAUCCAAACUUGCCGCCAGUGCCAGACGCAGAACCUGAAAUCGAUGAACGGUUUCAGUCACCCAGGAUACGUAGACCUUUACAGCAGCCUGCUGAAGAGGUACCGCCCCGAGGAAGCAAUGUCAUUCAACCACGAAUGAAUGCUGCAAUACCGAGUCCAGUUGCCAACACCCCGAUAAUAGCCAAACGUGAAACCACCAAACCACCACCAUAUCAUCCAUCGCUGUAUACAAUCAAGAAUGGUAAUAAGCAGAACUAUUACAACUCGUCCUUCAACAACAAUAUGGAUACACACCCAUCAGUAUUCCGCGAGGCCAUCAACAAGUCUCCACAAUUGAAGGCCACAUCAAUGUCGUUAGAUGCAGCUGCUAUAAACGCUCAACAACAAAUCGAAUCAAAGCAAGCUGACUUAUAUCCAGCAGUCGCAAAAGCCAUUGAAAACCAAGGCAAUCCGGCACUUGUCGCUGCUCUUCACAAGGUCGAGAAGGAGGCAUCUGGAAGGAAUGUUACAUGCGACAAGUGUGGCCAUACCAUGAACGUAUAA